AUGCCAUUUUCCAACCAGAGCAUUUUCUACCCUGCAGUCUUCUUCCUUACUGGCAUCCCUGGUCUUGAGGCUUCUCACACCUGGGUCUCCAUCCCAUUCUGUUGUCUCUAUGCCAUUGCCAUCUCUGGGAAUGGCAUGAUCCUGUUUGUCAUCAUCACUGAGUCAAAUCUCCACGAACCCAUGUACUAUUUCCUCUCCAUGCUGUCCUUCACAGACUUAGGUCUGUGUCUUUCAACGUUGGUCACCAUGCUGGGAAUUUUCUGGUUCAAUGCUCGAGAAAUCAGCUUUGAUUCCUGCAUCGCCCAAAUGUUCUUUAUCCACGGCUUCACAUUCAUGGAAUCCUCAGUCCUCUUGGUGAUGGCCUUUGACCGCUUCAUUGCCAUCUGCAACCCACUGAGAUAUGCCACGAUCCUCACAAAUUCGCGGAUCAUCAAAAUGGGCAUUGCAAUUGUGAUUAGGGGGACAACAGCCCUAGUGCCUUUACUCCUGCUCCUCAAGCGGCUGACCUUUUGCCGGAGUCAUGUGCUCCACCAUUCAUACUGCUUCCAUCCCGAUGUGAUGAAGCUUUCCUGCACAGACACCAAGAUCAACAGUGCAUUUGGCCUGGCCAUUGUCAUCUCUACCGCCGGCUUGGACUCUGUUUUGAUCCUCCUCUCCUAUGUGCUAAUCAUCCACUCUGUGCUCUGCAUUGCAUCCAGGGAGGAGAGGAAGAAAGCGUUUGGCACCUGUAUCUCCCACCUCAGUGCUGUUGCCAUCUUCUACAUACCAAUGAUCAGCUUGUCAUUGGUGCAUAGGUUUGGGAAGCAUGCCCCACCCUUGGUCCACACUCUCAUUGCCAAUGUUUAUCUGCUCAUCCCUCCUGUCAUGAAUCCUAUAAUCUACAGCGUGAAGACCAAGCAAAUUCGCAAGGCUGUGCAUAAACUAUUCCUUUCUAAGCUCAUUUAA